GAAAUGUUAACGUUUGCGUUUAUAUUUAUGCUGGUGAAACUACGAGGAUCGUGAUUAAGCUAAAUCUGAAGAAGCUCUACGUGUUAUAACGCAUUUGAUGCCGCGCGCACGUAUAACUGCAUUAUAAUUUAUUAUACUGAAUGGCGAUUAUUAAUAUAGUGUCGUGUCCUUGAUGCACCUAGAUUCUAGAACUAGACAGACCAGAGUAAUGGCCAAGGUCAAUUUCAGUAUUAUAAAGGUGUACAUCUUUCUAACAAAUCAAACAAGCAAGAAACGACGCGUUUUUAUAUAUUCCACAUGGCGUCGCAAUAGGUAGAUGAAGGCUGCAUUGGCCGCCUUUCUGUGGAGGGAGGAAGCGAUUUAAGAGAUUAGAGGAGACGCGCUAUGGGAAAGAUGAUGACGGAAAAUCGCAGACCAGCUGGCGCUGAGAAGUAAACUCAUGCUGUUCAGCUGUUUUUACUCCAGCAAAAAUAGACCUCGCAGAUCGUGCACCGUCGUUGGUUUUGUUUGCAGUAGCCAGCUAGUUUGUCGUUUGUGUUGCCGAUGAUUUGUUUAAAAUCCUGUUAAUUGCAGAGGCCGUAAAUUGCAGACGAUUUCGUGAAUCCCGAUACACCGCGUAUCAGGUUGUCGGUGAUAUUUGGACGGCAUGGAAGAUUCUGCUAAAGAGUACGAGAUCCAGUCCUUUGACAAGGAGAUCCAGUAUCUCCUUAAAACGUCACUCAAAGAGCCCAGCAAAGUGGAUUUAAAGAAGGUUUCCAACAUAAUUGUGGACCAAUCUCUGAGAGACCCCAUCUUUAGUAAAGAAGCAGGCCGAAUCUGCCACACAAUCGUCCAGGCCGAGGCUAAGGAGGCCAGUGCCAGCGUCUUCCGCCGCCACUUGCUAAAUCGAUUGCAACGGGAGUUCAUGGUCCGGGACGAAACUCGCAACCGCUCCAUUCAGGAAUGGGUCCAUUUUGUGACCUUCCUCUGCCAAAUCUUUGACUGUCUCAAGGUGAACGACGUUCCCAUGGUGGCCCUCGUGAAUCCCGUGUACGACUGUCUGUUUAGGCUGGCCCAGACAGACUCGCUGCAGAACGAGGAGGAGGUCGACUGCCUCGUCCUGCAGCUGCACCACAUUGGCAGGGAGCUGGAGGCCAUGAGCAUGCAGCGCAUGGAUGACCUCUUCCACCACCUACGCGACAGCUUCCUGCUGCACAACGGUUUGGGUUCCGUGGUUCGGCUGUUCCUACUGGAGAUCCUGGAGUUCCGGGCUGGGGGGUGGAGCCUCAGUGACUCGGCACGGCAGUACUACUACAGCGGGGGGGCAGACUGAGAGCCUGGUGUUGGGGAGUGGGGGUUGCGGGACACGGGUUCUGACAGCUGCCUGUCAGGUUGAGCCAAUGGAGUGACUUGUGGUUUGUUUUGAAGUGGCCAUUUUGAUUUUGGAAACGGGCUUUGUCAUGUUUGUGACGGGCUGCCAGUCUAAGUGUGGUUUGGUGCUGAAGUGGGUGGUUUGGGCGGCAGUACGUUAUGCUGGCGGGUGUCAAUUUAAGGAAGUUUCUGGUCAUUUCAUUAUUGGUGUUUUUGCCGUAUGAAGAAGAGGCGCGGAUGUUCAUAACUUGGCAGAUCAGUACUAGUAUUCCUGUACUGACUUGUGACAGCGGUGACUAUUGAACCAACUGGAUUAAAAGGACAGUGAAAACCAGGAAGAACACAUCUGUUUUCAGCAAUGGAAGAUUUGAGUCAGUGGGAGUGUGCUUUCAUUAUCUUUGAAAUGGUCAUGUAAAUCCAGGACAUUUACAGUGGGGGACGCACUGUGCUACCAGUUUUGAUAUUGAGUCCUCGUUGGCAGGGGGGGCGCAUGCAUUGUCAGAGGUCAGAUCAGUCCCAGGAUAGAGAGAAUAAAGACUUUGCACCUAAAUAUGACUUUUGCAAAAGUUUUUGUACCCAAGUUUUCUAACUGAAGAGUACAGGUUAAGUAAUAUGUUCUCACUAUACUAAAAGCCAGCAAUUAGAAUGCUUUUGGGGAGUGUUAAACUGUUUUUUUUUUUUUUUUUUUUGCUCAAUUUUGAUAUAUUACAGGUUGCAUUUGCAGUGACUCAGCUUCCCAUUAACAACGGGUGACUCAAUCUUCAAAAUAAGCAAUCAGCAAAACUUAUUAGUACUUUGCUACUCGGAGCAGGAACAUACUGCAUUAAUCACUGUGGAACUCGCUUGGUUUACGCCCAUAUAAGAAUCUAGACAAUCCUAAUGGUACGUACACUAUGAAAGAGCCAGUGUUUCCUGCUGGUUUUAUGUCCUGUCUGAAUCCCUGCAUUGCACUGAAACUCAGGGCAUUACUAUGGUAUCUCAGUGGAACCACUAGUUUUGAGAUAUAUUUUGUUUUGAAAGCAUUUAUUGCGCUUUAGUUGUAUACGGCUUUCGUUUAUAGGCAUGGAAACUAAAAGGUACUUGAUGGUAUGUUGUCACAAUGCUGUGCAGCCAUACAGUAAUCGGUUGGACUUAAUCGUUGACAGUUCUAGUUUGAAAUCCUAUGGAAAUUUAUUUAAAAUAAAGCUGUAUAUAUUUUGUUUGAUGGAGAAGAAAGUAACUGUAAAUUUUGGACAUCUGUAUUUUCAGAUUAAGGUUCAGUAUGUGCUCAGGCAGAGUCAAUGGGUACUAAGAUGUCCAUGGUAGCUGGGAGAUUUCAAACUCGUAUGUUCCGGUGAGUUCUGCAGAAAGUCCAGCAUCUACUACUGUCCUAUUUGUCUUCAGCUGUCAACUUGUCACCACAACUACAGUUUUUUUGUAUUUUCUUUCCUACUGAAGUCUACCUGAUGUAUCUGUUACUAGUUGUUACUAACGGUAUUUGAUGGGACAUCUAAAAUCGGAUCUUUAUUCACACUGGUUUGAGAAGGACUCAGAAACGGAGGGUUAAGAGCGAUGUCAACAUUUUCACCAGCAAAAAAUGAAUGCCUAGUUGUCAGCUAUGAGGUUUUGUGAAGGGCCAAGAGCUGAAUCGCACUGUUAAGUGAGACUUAAAAUCACAAAUGUUACCCACUUCACAGAACAGCUUUUGGUUAUAAAGCAGUAUUUUUAUAGAAAUGUCUGACUGGAUUUUUGUUGUACCAAACAUUUAUGCAAAAUAAGCAAUGUUAUUAAGAAAAGUUCUGCUCUUUUUCUUGACAUUCCAAAAAAACGUGAUGCUUAUGAAGA